AAUCCACGACAGCUGGCAGAGGCGAGGGGUAAUCCGCGACUUUUAGAUUCCACAUCAACCGGAUACGGUUCGGCUUCUCGACGAGAUACUUCCCCAGAUGACUUGCAACAGCUUACAAGUUCAUCCUACGCAGUAGCUCCCUCAGGACGGGCUCAGAGAGCCAUACCAACUGGUCUUACUACGGGUCCGGUGGAGGCCACUGAGGACGAGGAAAAUGUUUACACGUCGGAAUUCGUCCUCGUCUAA